AUGUCGACGCCUUGCAGUGUCAUUCGUUCCGCACCACAUAAAGUCACGAGGUUCUCCUCCAUCGUCCUGAGCUGUCGGCCCCUUCGCGCAGUACACCCUAUUGAAAACAGCGCAACGAGAUCUCUCGCAACAGUCCGACCAGAUCCCAAAGUCUUUUCCGAUGUCUGGUUCACAGGAGCUGUGCCACGGCUGAACAUCCAUCCUCCGCCUCUAUCAUCCAACCCGCGCAAACCAGACGAACGGACAGUGAAGCUGGGGAAGAGCAAGUCCACCUCAUCUGCCCCUCCUGUAGAUCACAGACCACGUACAACUCUCCGAAUCCUCCAAGAGCGCCUCCCAACACUCCUGCAAUCGCCUCUUCCGCAGGAAAUCCUCUCCCCGCAUAUCAGUCUUCACCUCUUCCCCUCCACCCACCCACAUCUACCCACGGUAUCCGGCCGUGUCGCGUAUUCAGCUGCGUUAUGGACCUCCCCGAUAGCAUGGGGCCGCGUUCCCCUCGUAGGCGAGGUUCGCCUGACCAUCUUAUCCGAACGGAUGGUCAAGUCUAGCUCGAAUGCCCGGUUACCGUCCGCAACUCGCCAGGAACAGCUGAUCGUACGGUGGCGUACGGUUGGAAAGACGAAGGGCAAGGGGAUCGGUGCAUUUUACAAGGGUAUUGGAGCGAGGGAGAGCGUGGACAAGAUUACAGAGUGGUUGGGCGGUGGGAACGGCGAGGACGAUAGUAAGGAGUUCACGGGACUGUUCAUCUUUGAGUUCGAUGAGGAGGGCAGGAUUCUAAGCCACACCAUCGAACAUGUACGAGAAGGAGGAAACUGGGAACGAGGAGUCGGUGCUAGGGUCGUUGGCUUGACAGAUUGGUUGCUCGGAGGAAUGAAGAGGAAUGGAAAUGAGGGCGCGCCUUGUCCGGCUUGUUAUUCUGGGGAGAGUGAGAGGGCUAAUCGUAGGCAGUAG